AUGACGCCCCUCACCCUCCCACCGGGCAUCAGCAAGGACACGUUCGCGGCAUACGUCGCGGCGGCCCGCGGCGUCGUCGGUAACGACAAUGUCGAGGUUAUCACCGGUCCCGACCAGUUCACAAAGGACGAUUACAUGGACCCGGCCAAGGAACACGACAUGUAUCCGGUGCUAGACAAGGAUUACUUUGUGUCCUCGGCCGUGGUAGCGCCCCGCAACGUCGCAGAGGUACAGGCCCUAAUGCGGAUCAGCAACGAGUUCAAAGUCCCCGUGUGGCCCUUCUCCAUCGGCCGGAAUAUUGGAUAUGGCGGGCCUGCACCACGCGUCCCAGGAUCGGUGGGCAUCGAUAUGGGCAGACACAUGAACCGCGUGCUAGAGGUUAACGAGGCGGACGCGUACUGCCUCCUCGAACCCGGUGUCACGUUCCAGAGCCUGUAUGACCACCUGGUAUCCAAGGGCCUCGAGGACAAGCUGUGGAUCGACGUUCCGGACCUUGGCGGCGGGAGUGUGAUUGGGAACACGAUCGAGCGAGGGGUGGGAUACUCGCCGUACGGGGACCACUUUAUGAUGCACUGCGGGAUGGAGAUUGUCUUGCCCAACGGCGAGCUCGUGCGGACUGGCAUGGGCGCGCUCCCCGAGCCCGGGGCAACCGGCGCGCCGGACCAGCAGAGCCCCAACCGUUGCUGGCAACUGUUCAACUACGGCUUUGGGCCGUACCAUGACGGUAUCUUCUCACAGAGCAACUAUGGCAUUGUCACCAAGAUGGGAAUGUGGCUGAUGCCCAAUCCGGGUGGGUACCAGGCGUACUCGAUCACGUUUGAGCGCGAGGACGACCUGCCCGCUAUUGUCGAGACGAUCCGCCAGCUCCGCAUCACCAUGGUCAUCCAGAACGCCGCGACGAUCCGCAGUCUUCUCAUGGACGCUGCGGUGUUGGGGGACAAAGAGUCGUUCUGUCCCGGCGUCACGCGGCCGUUAAACGACGAUGAACUGGAUGGGAUUCAGACAAAGUUGGGUCUUGGGCGCUGGAUCUUCUACGGCGCGCUAUACGGUCCUGAGCCGAUCCGCAAUGCUCUCUGGGGCGCCAUCCACGGUUCAUUCUCCCAAAUCCCCGGAGCCAAAUUCCAUCUCCACGAAGAUGGAAAGCCGACCCCAGGCGUAUUGGAUAUUCGGGCAAAGACGAUGCGGGGUAUACCGACGUACGACGAACUCAAGUGGGUCGACUGGGUGCCGAACGGAGCGCAUUUCUUCUUCUCGCCAAUUGCCGAGGUUCGUGGCGAAGCAGCCACCCGCCAAUUCCAAAUCACAAAGCGCCGGCUCGUCGAGGCGGGCUUCGAUGUCAUUGUCGACUUCAUCAUCGGCAUGCGCGAGAUGCACCACAUCGUAUGUGUGGUGUAUGACCGUACCAAGCCCGAGGAACGGGCGCGAGCGUUAGCGGUCGUCCGGACACUUAUUGAUGAGUGUGCGGCGAAUGGUUGGGGAGAGUACCGUACCCACCUCGCACUCAUGGACCAGAUUGCGUCGACGUACUCGUUCAACGACCAUGCGCUUAUGAAACUCUCGGAGAGCAUCAAGGAUACGCUGGACCCGAAUGGGAUCCUCGCCCCGGGCAAGAAUGGCGUUUGGCCGGCAACUUACGAUAAGGAAAAGUGGCGGCUACAGGCUGGGUCGCAGGUUACAAGGCAGAGUAUUCCAAAGCAUCCCGGCCCGAGUCCCAGGUUGUAA